AUGUCCUCCUCAGCAUCCGCCACGGCCUCCCUCAGGGAAAAGUCUGCCAACAACCAUCUAACAAGCAGCACAGGAAGCGACUCCGACUCCACCAAAGUCGAAGCUGGCCUUCCCAACCCCAACACCACAGACCCAGCACCACCACCCCGCGACAUCCACGGUUUCAAGUGGAUCUCGGUCGUCAUCGCAAUCUUAUCCUCCAUCUUCCUCUACUCCCUCGACAACACAGUAGUAGCAGACAUUACCCCCGCCGCCGUUAACGCCUUCGGCGACAGCCUCAAACUCCCUUGGCUUUCCGUCGGCUUCUUACUCGGUGGCGUAAGCGUUGUCCUGCCCUUUGGAAAACUUUACAGCCUCUUCGACGCAAAAUGGCUGUACAUCUUCUCCACCGUCCUCUUCAACAUCGGAUCUGCCAUCUGCGGAGCGGCACCGUCGAUGGACGCGCUGAUUGUGGGGAGGGUGUUGGCUGGUAUGGGCGGUAACGGGAUGUACCUCGGGACGAUGAACUUGUUGAGUGCGACAACCACCAACAUGGAAAGACCUGCAUAUCUCAGCUUCGUGGGCUUGGUUUGGGGAGUCGGUACCGUGCUCGGGCCUGUGGUGGGCGGCGCGUUCGUGGAGAGCCCGGCAACGUGGAGGUGGGCUUUCUACAUCAACUUGUGCAUUGCCGGUUUGUUCGCACCGGUGUAUCUGUUUUGGAUUCCGUCGUACAAGCCCCAGCCACGGGAAACCUCGAGCCGGGAACUGGUCAAGAAAUUCGAUUUUGGAGGGACGUUGUUGAGCGUGGCGGCGAUUACGACUUUGGUUAUGGCAAUCAAUCUGGGUGGUGCCCUAUACGAGUGGAAUAGCGGCAACAUCAUCGCGUUGUUCGUGGUAUCCUUCGUGGUGUUUGGAGCAUUUGGCGUGCAGCAAAGCUGGAACUUUGGACUAAGGGAUAAGGGCGACAAGAUCUUCCCAACGCACUUUUUGAGAAGGUGGAAUCUGGUCUUGUUGUUCUGUUCUGCAGCUGCCAUCAAUGCUGCCGCGUUCAUUCCGAUCUAUUACAUCCCACUAUACUUCCAGUUCACCCGGGGAGACAGCCCGACCGAAGCAGCUGUCAGGCUACUGCCUCUUAUCUUCACCUUGAGUGCGGCUAUUUUGAUCAAUGGACACCUGAUGGUGAGAUGGGAAUAUUUCCAACCUUGGUAUAUUACCGGCAGUAUCUUGGCGCUUGUGGGAGGCGUGCUGUUAUGUAAGUGA